GUUCACACGCACUGCUUACCGGGACAGAGGUGGGCAAUCCGAGUGGUGGGGAGAUCUGCUGCAAGCGCUCGUUUACACUGUGUGAGAAUGUAUAUUUGUGAGAGAGUAUCUUUCUCUCUGUGUGUGUCUCCGGUGUGUGCCUGCGCACACUCUCCGGCGUGGGCACAGAGCUGGAAACGCUGAGACAGACAGCAGGUUUAUUUUUGGGUCAGUGACAGUGUGUCAAUGGCUGCAGAUGCGUCGGAAAGGAAGGCUUUGAGAUACCAACAGACCCUGCUGUAUGGGGAAUACAGUGAGCACCCGGGUGGGUCUGGCCGGAGAGAGGCCACCCGACUGCUAACAGAGAGACAAUGGAAGAAACACGACCAUGGUCACCAUCCGCAGCAUCGCCAUGGCCACCAUCACCACGGCCACCACCAUGGCCACCCCCACGGUCACAGACAUGGACACGGGCUCCACAGCAGGCACAGGGGUCGGCAUCACUCGGAUGAGGCGGGACAUGCACAUAUGGCUACAGAGCAAGGCAACCCUUUGUCUAUAAAGAAACGCCGCUCCUACUCAAAGUGCAGAGACUGUGUAGCGCGGGUACAGAGGUUCCUGGUCACCAAGCUGGGAGAGGACUGGAUCUUCCUGGUGCUGCUGGGCAUCUCAAUGGCGCUGGUCAGCUGGACCAUGGACUACACCAGCGCCAAGAGUCUACAAUUGUAUAAGUGGAUUCACUGGGAGCUGAGGGGUAAUGUCCUGCUCCAGUACCUGGCCUGGGUCAGCUAUCCCAUGGUGCUCAUCAUGUUCGCCUCCAUCUUCUGCCACCUGGUCGCCCCGCAAGCCAUCGGCUCUGGUAUUCCUGAGCUGAAGACCAUUCUCAGAGGGGUAGUGCUGAAGGAGUAUCUGACUCUCAAGGCUUUUGCUGCCAAAGUCAUUGGUCUGACUGCAGGUCUGGGCAGUGGGAUGCCAGUGGGGAAAGAGGGCCCAUUUGUUCAUAUAGCCAGCAUCUGUGCUGCUGUACUGAGCAAGUGUAUGACAUUCUUCUCAGGAGUCCAUCAGAGCCCAUACUGCUACACAGACAUCCUCACAGUUGGCUGUGCAGUUGGGGUGGGCUGCUGUUUCGGUACCCCUCUUGGAGGGGUGCUGUUCAGCAUAGAGGUGACUUCCACUUACUUUGCUGUGAGGAACUACUGGAGAGGUUAUUUUGCUGCCACCUUCAGUGCCUUCAUCUUCAGAGUGCUCUCUGUGUUCAACAAAGAUGCAGUCACCAUCACUGCUCUCUUCCGCACCAAGUUCCGCAUGGAUUUCCCCUUUGACCUCCAGGAGCUGCCAGCAUUUGCCAUCAUCGGGAUCUCCUGCGGGUUCCUGGGGGCCUUCUUCGUCUGGCUGAACCGCCAGGUGGUGCUGUUCAUGAGGAAACCCAAUGCCAUGACACGUUUCCUCACCAGACACCGACUGAUUUUCCCUGGUGUUGUGACGUUAGUGAUAGCCACCUUGACCUUUCCCCCUGGAUUUGGACAAUUCAUGGCUGGAGAGCUGAUGCCCAGAGAAUGCAUAAACUCACUGUUCGACAACUUCACCUGGACCAAAAUCUGGGGUUCCCCCCAUCCCCCCGGCCUGGGGCGCUCCUCUGCCUGGCUGCACCCCGACGUCAGCGUCUUCGUCAUCCUCCUCCUCUUCUUCAUCAUGAAGUUUUGGAUGUCUGCUGUUUCGACGACGAUGCCCAUCCCUUCUGGAGCCUUCAUGCCUGUGUUCAUACUCGGAGCCUCUUUCGGCCGACUGGUGGGGGAGAUCAUGGCUGCCCUCUUCCCCCACGGGAUUCUGUUUGAUGGAAUCUUGUACCGCAUCAUCCCAGGAGGGUACGCAGUCAUUGGAGCGGCGGCACUGACCGGGGCGGUGACCCACACGGUGUCCACGGCGGUGAUCUGCUUCGAGCUGACGGGCCAGAUCUCCCACAUCCUGCCCAUGAUGGUGGCGGUGAUCCUGGCCAACAUGGUGGCCCAGGGCCUGCAGCCCUCGCUCUACGACUCCAUCAUCCAGAUCAAGAAACUGCCUUACCUCCCUGAGCUGGGCUUUGGACACAUCAGCCAGUAUAACAUCUUUGUGGAGGACAUCAUGGUUAGGAAAGUGAAGUUUCUCUCGUUACAGUCCACCUACAGGGAGUUGAUACACCUCCUGGACUCCACUUCUCUCAAAACGAUACCACUAGUGGAUUCAACAGAUUCUAUGAUCCUAUUAGGCUCCAUCGAGCGGUCAGAGCUUCACGCUCUCUGUGAUUGGUGGCUCUCUGCUGAGAGGCGGAUCCUUAGGCAGGAACAGCGUUUACAGGAGCAGAACCAGUAUGCCAAAGACAGCUGGGAAUCCUUUGCCUUUGUGGAUGAAGAUGAUGAGGAGAGUGGAGAUAAGAGCACCCCAGUUCAGGAAGAGCGAAAUGGCCCCCUGCCAUCUCCUAAACCGCAGGAGCCCUCGUCCAAUCACACAGCUCCUGACAAGGGCCCUCUUCAGUCGGUUAGGAGAACUCUACAGAAUAUCUUCUCCUCCCAAGACAGACAGGCAGAGGGACAGUCACAGGAGCCUUGCGCCAACCCUCCCCUGUCCGAUACGAUGACACCAGAAGAGAUCAAAGAAUGGGAGGAGGCCGAGAUGGACAAGCCAAUGGAAAUUGAUCAGAUCCGAAUAGAUCCCUCCCCUUUCCAGCUGGUGGAGAGGACAUCACUACACAAGACCCACACUCUUUUUUCAUUACUGGGCCUGAGUCAUGCCUAUGUCACCAGUAUCGGAAAACUGGUGGGUGUUGUGGCACUUAAAGAGCUCCAAAAGGCCAUCGAGGGCUCUACGCGUAGCGGGGUCCGGCUACGUCCCCCCCUGGCCAGCUUCCGCAACAUCAGCCGAAAGUCAUCCAAGCCCCAGACAACCUCAGCCCCCACCGCCCCCUCCUCCCCUCUCUCCCCCGCUCCCAUCGUCCCCCACGCCCCUGCCCCACCACCACCUCCCCUGACACAGGAGGAGGAAGAGAUGGAGGUGUGGAUCGAGGGCACGAGGCGGGAGGUGGCGGAGGUGAUCAGCAGUAGUAGCAGCAGCGGAACGGGGAGCAACAGUAGCAACAGUAGCCCUUCGCUACCCCACUCCUCGCCCCUCUCCAUCCCCCUCACCUCACCCCUCUCCAUGCCCCUCACCGCCUUCUCCACCCCCCUCACCGCCCUCCGGCCUGCCACAGAGCAGCAAGUGGAGGAGGAGGAGAGUGAUGAUGAGGAGCCCAUCUAGCCUUAUAGACGAGUGAUGUUUUUUUAUAACGUUUUUUUUUAUGGCGUGAACUUCUCUUUUAGUCUUUCGCUAUCCCUCCAUUUUCUCUCUCUCCCUAUCUCGCUGUUCCCUCUCGCUCUGUCUUUCUUCUCUCUGUGAAUCCAUGAGGAUAAAUAAUCUGGGCUUGAUAGUAGUACCUGACUUUUUAAGAUGAUCAUUAGUGUCAUUGGUUUUAAACGGGAGACAAUGGCUACCAGUGGUGUUUCAAGAGGCCAAACACAACUUCUAAUCUCAUCCUCACCUAGUGAGGGAGUUCUAUGAUCACCAUGCUGGGUUGAUAGAUGAGUGUUAAAUCAGACUGACGACAGCCAACUCAGAUGUAAUGAUGCUAGAGAUUUUUUACUUAAUGAUGCUAUGGCUACAAACGGAACAACCACCAUCCAUCCCCCUUUGUAAUUUUGAUUAAUCGCUCACUUGAUGAUAACGCAAAACAAACACAUGCUGAAUGAUUUUACGAUGGUGACUUUUCCUACCUACCCCCCAAAAAGCUGGGUCGUGUUCUUUUGGCACUAGAUGGAGGAAAAUGGACUGAAACAGGAGGGACUACCUCAAACUCGGCCAAUAAGAAAUGCUCAUUUUCAUUUUACGUUGCGAAACAUUGUAAAAUGUUAGUCUUUGCAUGCCCUAAUGAACAUAACCCUGAUGUUCUUCUGACACCACUGAGCACAGAAGAAAAAAUAAACAGUAUGACAGUGUUAUAUGUGAAAAGUAGUUGAAUUAUGAAUUAACUUCUCUCGCUCUACCACAACUGCUUUUCUCUCUCUCUCUCGCUCUCUCUCCUUCAAACAGUUUCUCAGGUUGCUCCCUAUGUCUUUAAACCUGCAGAUGUUGGACAGAGGAUUCUUUGCUGUCUGUUAAAUGAAAAGGAUUUCAAUUAUAUUGUGUCAAUCCGUUUUUUUAUGUUUGAAUGUACAGUAUGUAUGUACAGUGUGCUCGUAUGUGUGAGCACACGUGUUUACGUUUAUCUGUCUGUGUUUAGUCAUGUAUUUAUUUAUUUAUCUUUCGUAGAACCAAUUUUUCUCAGAAUAUAUAAACGAUGACUAAUGUAGUUAAUAAAGGUUAAUAACUUAUCUGCCAAAU